AUGGCUACUACACCUGUAAUUACAGUAUACGACGCCCAAAUCUCAGGUGAAGUUAAAGAAAGCAUUGCCCUUCCAGCUGUUUUCACCGCUCCAAUUAGGCUCGACAUUGUUCGCUUUGUCCACGACAAUCUCAAUAAGAACCAUCGCCAGCCAUACGCAGUCUCCCUCUGGGCAGGUCACCAGCAUUCCGCCGAAUCCUGGGGUACAGGUCGCGCUGUAUCCAGAAUUCCAAGAGUUUCAGGCUCAGGAACAGGCAGAGCAGCCCAAGGUGCCUUCGGCAACAUGUGUAGAUCUGGCAGAAUGUUCGCCCCUACCAAGAUCUGGAGGAGAUGGCACAGACGUGUCAACAUCAAGCAAAAGCGCCAUGCAGUCGCCUCCGCAAUUGCAGCUACCGGUAUCCCAUCACUUGUUAUGGCAAGAGGCCACCAAAUUGAAAAUGUCAAUGAAGUUCCUUUAGUCCUAGACGGAAUCGAAAAAAUUGAAAGAACCAAAGAACUCCUUGACGUCCUCCAAAAAUAUGGAGCUGGCGACGACUUAGAAAGAGUCGAAAAAAGCGUCCACUUAAGAGCUGGAAAAGGAAAAUACAGAAACAGAAGGUACACACUAAAGAAAGGACCUUUGAUUAUUUACGAAGACAAAAACUGUGCUUUAAGAAGAGCUUAUAGGAACAUUCCUGGUGUAGAUGCAGUCUCAGUCCACGAAUUAAAUAUCCUAAAGCUUGCACCUGGUGGGACUUUAGGAAGAUUUGUAGUCUGGUCUGCAGCAGCUUUUAAGCUUCUUGACAACAUUUUUGGAACCUACUCAAAACCUGGAGUUGAAAAGAAAGGUUACACAUUGCAAAGACCGACCAUGACCCAAGCUGAUGUUUCAGCUAUUGCUAAGUCAGACUCUGUGCAAGCAGUGCUAAGACCAAUAAAACUAGGAGAAGAUGAGCACCAUCCUAAAAAACAAAAUCCUUAUAGAAGCAAAAGAGCUAUGGAAAAGCUUAACCCAUUUUUCAAGCUAAAGAAAAGAUUUGAAAUCCUUAAGAACCGCAGAGGACAUUAA